AUUAUUAUUGAUCGAUUUAUAAAAAUACAAUACUAUAUCCCAAUAAUAACCCUAGAGGCCGAGGAAUUAGUUAAUUAUUUUAUUAAUCGUAUUUAUUAUAUUUAUAGUUUACUAGAUAGUAUCCUAUCCAAUAGAGGUACCCAAUUUAUAUUACACUUCUAA